AGAGAGAGAGGUGUGUGUUCCGUGUGUGUCUAGUGUAUGUGUGUGUAUGUGAGCGAGCACGAGAGAGAGAGAGAGAGAGAGGUGUGUGUUCCGUGUGUGUGUUUUUUAACGCAUAAAGAACGCAAAGCUGGCGGACUUCGACAUGGCAUCGGGCGAAACGCUCUACAUUGAGACGGACGGCACGGAGAUGCCCGGGGAGAUCGUGGAGCUGCACGAGAUCGAGGUGGAAACGAUCGAGACGACGGUGAUCGGCGGAGAUGAAGACGACGAGCAGCAGCCCAUGAUCGCGCUGCAGCCGCUGGUUACCGACGACCCGUCGCAGGUCCACCACCAGGAGGUGAUUCUGGUUCAGACCCGCGAGGAGGUGGUCGGCGGGGACGAUUCGGAUCUGCGGGCGGACGAUGACUUCGAGGACCAGAUCCUCAUCCCGGUGCCCGCGCCCGGCGCCGAGGAAGAAUACAUCGGGCAGACUCUGGUGACAGUCGCGGGGAAGAGCUCUGUGGGGCGGAUGGGGAGGAAAUCGGGCGCGGGCGGCAAGAAGUCGGGCAAGAAGAGCUACCUGAGAGCGGCGGAUGCCACCGGGAGGAAAUGGGAGCAGAAGCAGGUGCAGAUCAAGACGCUGGAGGGGGAGUUCUCCGUGACGAUGUGGGCAUCGGAUGACAAGAAGGACAUUGAUCAUGAGACUGUGGUGGAAGAACAGAUCAUCGAUGAUAACUCUCCUCCUGAUUAUUCUGAAUACAUGACAGGAAAGAAACUCCCUCCUGGAGGAAUUCCAGGAAUCGACCUGUCAGAUCCCAAACAGCUGGCAGAGUUCGCCAGUCCCUUCAGUAACAGUGACGGCCACUUCGGUCGCAGUUCUGCUCGAAUGAAGCCGAGGAAAAUCAAGGAGGAUGAUGCGCCUAGAACGAUAGCGUGUCCGCACAAAGGCUGCAGUAAAAUGUUCAGGGAUAAUUCAGCCAUGAGGAAGCACCUUCACACUCACGGCCCUCGAGUUCACGUGUGUGCCGAAUGUGGGAAAGCGUUUGUGGAGAGCUCCAAAUUAAAACGCCAUCAGCUCGUUCACACAGGAGAGAAACCUUUUCAGUGUACGUUUGAGGGCUGUGGGAAACGCUUCUCGCUGGACUUUAAUCUCCGGACGCACGUCCGAAUUCACACCGGCGACCGGCCCUACGUUUGCCCGUUUGACGGCUGCAAUAAAAAGUUUGCUCAGUCCACCAACCUCAAAUCGCACAUUCUAACACACGCGAAAGCCAAAAACAACCCAUGAACACUUGCGUUCUCUCGUGUCCUAAAGCCCUGACGCUCCGCAUCUUCACACUGGAGAUAUAUGAACCAAUGCUCCGCUAGUUCUCUCACAAGGAAUUAAAUCAGUGAUCUUGAAGGAAUUUCCAUGAAUUGUGGUGACUGUAAAAGAUAAAAAAGCGAAACCGUAACCUGGUUCUCAUGGUCGAGGAACCAAACUGACCUUCCAGAACCUCACACGUUCAGCAAGACGGCAUGUUGCAGAUGGUGAAUGUGGCAUAAACCCUUCGACAGACGAUGCUUUUUACCACAAUGACAGACGAGAGUGUUUGGACUUGGCUUUAUUUCUUCAGCUUUUACUUCAGUCUCUCUGGUCUACAUAGAUAUAUAGCUUUUAAUUUUGUAUUUCUCCAAGUGUGCAUAUUGUACACUUAUUUUUGGGAUAUGCUUCAUAAUGCUGCUUUGUGAUCAUUAAUUAUCCCUGAGAAUUUAAGACUUGUGAAGUGUUCUUCACAGACGGGGUGAUGAUAUCAGUUACUGUAAAAUGAUGUUUAAAGUAUUUUUAUGUACGUUUGUUUUUUGUUUUUGUAUGGUUGUAAUCUCACUAUGAAAUAAUGUGAUGUAAGUGUAUUGAACGGCUGUUGAGAUCAUGUAGAAUUGCGCUGCGGUGUGAGUUUGACGUGUUUUCUUGCGUUAGUCUUCGGUUGCUCUUCUGUUGAUGUCCUGGAUCGAUUGUACCACAGGAAGGACACGAGUUCACUCUUGAAGCACCACCGUCUCACCGUGGUAAUUGCAGUGUUAGCCGUCUCUUUUACUUUGUUAGAAUGUAUUAUAAAGGUCUAAACCAUGAACGAACCUUUGUUUAUAUUGACACCUCACCUGUACUGCAGCAAGCCACAAUUAAAAGAGCUAAAAUAGUUUUUUGUCACAUUAAUUGCCUCCUUUGGUGUUUAGCAUAUAUGCAUUAGAUCAGGGGUUAUUAACCUGGUUUAUAGUGAUAUCAUGUAGAUGAAGAGGCAAUCAUUAUAGAGCAAAAUCUGUCAAUUUAUGCAAAUACUUUUGAGACCGCAAGAUGAUUUUUCAGUAACAAUUUAAGAUAAUACUUAAAUCACAAAUCUCCAUUGUGAUUGGAUCAGUCAAUGCGAGCUCACUUUGAACAUUUGUGAUAAAUCUGUUCACCCCACUUAAAAACAAUGUGUUUAAUAGGGGCACAAAUACUGUACAGAAAUCACAGAUGGCACUACUGUGAAUAAGGUCUAUACAUUAAAAUAAAUAGCUGCCCUUUUAUGUUUUUGGAUGGGGGUCUCUCGCAAAUCAACUAUUUGGGGGUCCAAAAAGUUUGAAAACCCCUGCUUUAGAUAAU